UUAUUUUUCGUGGGCGAAGGUGAACUGCAACUCCUGUAUUAACUUCAUAUGUUGCCGCUCAGUUUCCUUCCACUUUAAUGUUCGGUCCAGUAUUUCUAUAUCCUCACUCACUUUUCUCCUUCUGGUUUGAUGAUGGGAAUUGGAUUCUCUCUGCAAGGAUUUUAGUGCAGUCAUUGAAAAUAUAAAGGCAAAUACUCGGUUGAUUGCAUCAUAUCAAAUUCUCAGUUGGGUUUGUGGCUGCCUCUGCCUGGGCCUUGGGAGGUACAUAUAUCGUAGUAAAGGGUUUCCUCCUUUCACCCUUAUCUUCCCUUCCUGGUUUCUCAGUUUGAGCUUUCGGCUUGAUCGUUUCUUGGUAUUCAUGGUCCUCUUCUGAGAUUCUGUUUAGCGGGGUUUUGAGGAGUCUAGAAAAAGGAAGAGAACCCUCUUUAGGUAUCUUUUGAAUGAAUACAAUCUUUGUCCUUCUUCCCUUUGUUGAUUUUUGGGUGAGAAUGGAUUCAUGGGGCCGAUACAAACUUUAUAGCCCCUUUUCAGAUUGAAACUGGUAAUUUCCAUUUCCUAAUUGUUUUUCUCAAAUUAAGAUGGUAGUGGGCUUCUCCCUUUUUUCCACUUUCUUGAUGUUCUCUGGGUCCGAUGGUUUCUUUUUCAUCAACUGAGCGUAGCUGAGUUGAGAUUUGGAUUUGAUUAUGGUUUAUUCUUUGGUAACUCUGUUGAAGAACAUACUCGGGCUUGUUUCUCUUUACCUUAUCCUUACCUUGAAGGAGCAUAGAUUGCAACUUCGUAGAUAUUUGGUAAUUGGUAGCUAGCUUUUACAGGGCUCCACUCGCAUGAAUAGCUCUGUUUUUUAAGUAAUAAGCAAGUGGAAGUAGAACAAGGGACGAGAUGUCGUCCAAGUCGAACAGAACGAAUUGUUCUAGUAGCAGCUCUGCUCGACCCAAACACGGCGGCUGUGUCGUUGCUCAGACCACCGCUGACGCGAAACUUCAUGUAGACUUAGAAGAUUCUGAACAUUUUGAUUAUUCCACGUCCAUUGACAUCAAUGCUACAAGUGCCGACAACAAUGCUCCCUCUUCCACUGUUCCAGCUUACCUCCAAAGGAUGCAGAGAGGGAAUCUCAUCCAACCUUUUGGCUGUUUAAUUGCUGUCGAAGAACAGAGUUUUACUGUUCUUGCCUACAGUGAGAAUGCUCCCGAGAUGCUGGACCUGACCCCACAUGCAGUUCCUAGCAUGGAGCAACAAGAGGCUCUCACAAUUGGAACCGAUGCUCGGACUCUCUUCCGCUCCUCUAGCGCCGCGGCCUUACAGAAGGCUGCAAAAUAUGGCGAGGUUAAUCUCCUAAAUCCAAUAUUGGUACAUUGCAGGAACUCUGGUAAGCCCUUUAACGCAAUUAUGCACCGGAUAGAUGGUGCUUUGGUUAUGGAUUUGGAGCCAGUGAAUCCCGCUGAUGUGCCUGUAACUGCAGCUGGGGCACUGAAAUCGUAUAAGCUUGCGGCCAAAUCCAUCUCCAGAUUGCAGUCUUUGCCAAGUGGAAACAUCUCACUUUUGUGUGAUGUAUUGGUUCGGGAAGUUAGUGAUUUGACAGGCUAUGAUAGGAUAAUGGUGUAUAAAUUUCAUGAAGAUGAACAUGGUGAAGUAGUUGCUGAGUGCCGGAGACCCGAUUUGGAGUCUUACCUUGGCUUGCACUACCCAGCUACUGACAUACCACAAGCUUCAAGGUUUCUCUUCCUGAAAAACAAGGUUAGGAUGAUAUGCGACUGUUUGGCACCACCGGUUAAGGUAAUCCAUGACAAGAAACUGGCACAACGGUUGAGCCUCUGUGCGUCUACGCUUAGAGUUCCUCAUGGAUGCCAUGCACAAUACAUGGCCAAUAUGGGUUCUAUUGCAUCUCUUGUUAUGUCUGUGACAAUCAACGAUGAUGAUAAUGAGAUGGAGAGUGAUCAGCCAAAGGGAAGGAAGCUGUGGGGAUUGGUAGUCUGCCAUCACACAAGCCCUAGGUUUGUCCCCUUCCCUUUGAGGUAUGCCUGUGAGUUUUUGGUACAAGUUUUUGGUAUACAACUUAACAAGGAAGUAGAAUUGGCAGCCCAGUUGAGGGAGAAGCAUAUUUUGAAGACCCAGACUCUGCUUUGCGACAUGCUCCUCAGAAAUGCUCCUGUGGGGAUUUUUACCGAGUCACCCAAUGUGAUGGAUCUUGUUAAGUGUGAUGGUGCCUCACUCUACUACAAGAACAAAUUUUGGUUGCUUGGUAUCACCCCUACAGAGGCUCAAAUAAGAGAUAUAGCUGGAUGGCUUCUUGAGCACCAUGAUGGAAGUACUGGUUUAAGCACAGAUAGCCUCAUGGAAGCUGGCUACCCUGGUGCUUCAGUUCUUGGGGAUGCAGUUUGUGGAAUGGCAGCCAUUAAGAUUACUUCGAAGGAUUUCUUAUUUUGGUUCCGAUCGCAUACAGCCAAGAAGAUCAAGUGGGGUGGUGCGAAACAUGACCCAGUUGUUAAGGAUGGUGGUAGGAAGGUGCACCCUCGAUCGUCAUUCAAGGCCUUCUUGGAGGUAGUUAAGAGGAGGAGUUUACCAUGGGAAGAUGUUGAAAUGGAUGCUAUCCAUUCCUUGCAGCUGAUAUUACGAGGGUCCGUGCAAGAUGAGAUGGAAAAAGACUCCAAGGAAAUUGUGAAUACACCAUCAGUUGAUUUAAGGAUUCAAAGGGUAGAUGAAUUACGUGUUGUCACAAGUGAGAUGGUUCGCCUUAUUGAGACUGCUUCAGUUCCCAUUUUGGCUAUUGAUGCCUCUGGUAAUAUAAAUGGAUGGAAUACCAAAGCAGCUGAAUUGACAGGAUUGUGUGUGGAGCAGGCUAUUGGAAUGCCCCUAAUUGACCUUGUUCAUGGUGAUUCAAUUGAAGCUGUGAAAAGCAUGCUCUCUUUGGCUUUGCAAGGCAAAGAAGAGAAGAACAUUGAAAUCAAGCUCAACACAUUUGGUCCUCAGGAGUCUAAUGGGCCCAUAAUCUUGGUAGUUAAUGCAUGUUGUAACCGAGACAUGGUAGAAAAUGUUGUCGGAGUUUGCUUUGUAGGGCAAGAUAUUACAAGGGAGAGGAUGGUGAUGGACAAAUUCACCCGCAUCCAAGGUGAUUACAUUGCUCUUGUGCAGAAUCCAUGUGCACUUAUUCCUCCAAUAUUUAUGAUAGAUGAGCAUGGUUGCUGUGUUGAGUGGAACAGUGCGAUGCAGAAAUUGUCUUUUCUGAAGAGGGAAGAAGCCAUUGAUAAGAUGCUUGUGGGGGAGGUGUUCACUCUUCAUAGUUUCAGUUGUCGGGUCAAAGAUCAAGAUACCUUGACCAGGCUCAAGAUACUACUGAACAGUGUAAUAGCAGGCCAGGAUGCAGAUAAGUUACUCUUUGGCUUCUUUGACCGACAUGGUAAAUAUGUGGAAGCUUUAAUUUCUGCAAACAAGAGGACUGAUGCAGAAGGUAGGAUUACUGGGGUCCUCUGUUUUUUGCAUGUUGCCAGUCCAGAAUACCAACAUGCUUUACAAAUACAGAGAAUAUCUGAACAAGCUGCAGCAAAUAACCUCAAGGAAUUGGCAUACAUUCGUCAGGAAAUAAGAAAUCCACUGCAGGGGAUACUGUUCACACACAGUCUAAUGGAGGCUUCUGAUUUAAGUAGGGAGCAGAAGAGACUUCUAAGAACAAGCACACUCUGUCAGGAACAAUUGGCUAAGAUCAUGGAUGACAUUGAUUUAGAAAGCAUUGAGGAAUGCUAUCUUGAGAUGAACACCUCUGAAUUCAACCUUGGGGAAGCUCUGGAGGUGGUCGGAGCUCAAGUUAUGACUCUGAGUAAGGAGCGACAGGUGCAGCUCAUCUAUGAUUCCCCAGCAGAAGUGUCCUCUAUGUACUUGUAUGGUGACAAUUUGAGGCUUCAACAAGUCUUGUCAGAUUUCUUGACAAAUGCACUCCUGUUCACACCAGCAUUUGAAGGAUGUUCUGUUGUGCUGAAGGUCACCCCAACAAAGGAACAUAUAGGGGCUAGUGUACAUCUUAUUCAUCUUGAAUUUUGGAUCACACACCCAGCACCAGGGAUUCCAGAUGCUUUAAUUGAAGAGAUGUUCCACCACAGCCAGAGUGUCUCAAGGGAAGGUUUAGGUUUAUACAUUAGCCAGAAGCUUGUGAGGAUCAUGCAUGGUACUGUACAGUAUCUCAGAGGGGCAGACAAAUCGGCAUUCAUUAUUCAUGUCGAAUUCCCCUCGGGCCUUGGUUCAUCGCACUACCAGAACUAGAUGAUCUGAUGGUAAAAAAAAGAAUGCAGAUCUUGCUACUAAAACAGCUUGGCACUUCACAUAGUUCUGAGUCUUACAGAAAGAAUUGGAUACAGAGCUUUAGAUUGAGUAAAAAGCAAACAAAAAACUAAUAAGAAAAAGAAUUGUCCUGAAGGGCUCUAUUAUUGUGAGGUUAUUAUCAUAAGAUAAAUGCUUGCUUUUCACCUGAAAGAGAGUGUUGAGCAUCUGAAGUUGGCGAGAGCUGACAAGGUAAAAUAAGUUGAAGCAUUUUAUGUUCACCGGCCUUUGUGUCGUAUCCUCUCUAUUGCUCUUUGCUUGCUUCUUCUGUUAGUUAGCGGGACAUUAAUCCAUUAAACAUCUCUAACUUGAUACCUCUGAUACGA